GGCGCAGCGGCUGCAGGAGGCCGAGGAGGCGGUGGAGGCGGUGAACGCCAAGUGCUCCUCGCUGGAGAAGACCAAGCACCGGCUGCAGAACGAGAUCGAGGACCUGAUGGUGGACCUGGAGCGGUCGAACGCAGCGGCUGCCGCGCUGGACAAGAAGCAGAGGAACUUCGACAAGAUCCUGGCGGAGUGGAAGCAGAAGUUUGAGGAGUCGCAGACGGAGCUGGAGGCGUCGCAGAAGGAGGCCCGCUCCCUCAGCACCGAGCUCUUCAAGCUCAAGAACGCCUACGAGGAGUCGCUCGAGCACCUGGAGACCUUCAAGCGGGAGAACAAGAACCUCCAAGAGGAGAUCUCGGACCUGACGGAGCA